UCAGAUUCUUCUGUUAACUGUCACCCUCCCUUCCCCCUCCCCACACGAACCAGGGCCUGCCAAGACAGGGCAGCUCCUCACAGCUCCACAGGGACCCGUGCCAGCCAGGCAUCGUGUUGCCCUUGGCCACAUGGACCCCAUGAGGCGGUCGCCCUCCCCUUGCCCAUCUUCACGGCCCUCCAGCCCCAGGACCCCACCCUGUGAGAUGUUUGGUCAGGUGGGCAUUGAGGCCGUGCUGGACCAGCUGAAGAUCAAAGCCAUGAAGAUGGGCUUUGAGUUCAACAUCAUGGUGGUAGGGCAGAGCGGGCUGGGCAAGUCCACGAUGGUGAACACACUGUUCAGGUCCAAAGUAUGGAAGACGAGUCUGCCGAGCUUGGGGACGCCCAUACCCCAGACACUGCAGCUGCAUUCGCUGACUCACAUCAUUGAGGAGAAGGGUGUGAAGCUGAAGCUGACAGUGACUGACACGCCUGGCUUUGGGGACCAGAUCAACAAUGACAAGUGCUGGGACCCCAUCCUGGCCUAUAUCAAUGAGCAGUAUGAGCAGUACCUGCAGGAGGAGAUUCUCAUCACACGCCAGCGCCACAUCCCGGACACCCGUGUGCACUGCUGUGUGUACUUUGUGCCACCCACCGGGCACUGCCUUAGGCCCCUGGACAUUGAAUUCCUGCAGCGGCUGUGCCGGACUGUGAACGUGGUGCCUGUGAUUGCCCGGGCUGACAGCCUGACCAUCGAGGAGCGAGAGGCCUUCAGGCACAGGAUCCAGCAAAAUAUGAGGGCUCACUGCAUUGACGUGUACCCUCAGAAGUGCUUUGACGAGGACGUCAAUGACAAGAUCCUCAACAGUAAGAUACGGGACCGGAUCCCCUUUGCUGUGGUUGGGGCUGACAGAGAGCACCUGGUGAAUGGGAGGUGUGUCCUGGGCCGGAAGACCAAGUGGGGCAUCAUUGAAGUGGAGAAUAUGGCGCACUGUGAGUUUCCUCUCCUGAGAGAUCUUCUCAUCCGCUCCCACCUCCAAGACCUGAAGGACAUCACCCACAAUGUCCACUACGAGAACUACCGUGUUAUGAGACUCAACGAGAGCCACGUGCUGCCUCGUGGGCCUGGCUGGGUGAACCUGGCCCCAGCCUCCCCUGGACAGCUGACCACCCCUGGGUCCAUGAAGACCUGUAGGCAGGCCCAAGAUGACUCAGAUGAUGAGUUCUGAGCACCUACUGUCCCGGGCCUGCAGGAUUGCCUGAGGCCCCAACACACACAAACACACACACACACACACACACACACAACUGUGCACCAGAGCAGCUAUUAAAGGUGGACAUUGCUUUUUAUG